AUGACUUGCGAGAUAAGACCUGUCAUGAUAAUUGCAGCGGUUGUGACUGUUCUGCUUUUGCAAAGUGUGGAAUGUGGUCUACCAUGCGUUGACAGGUGCUGGGAGACCUACGACAUCUGCACUGCUGAUUGUUGGAGCAAUGACUGUAUUUUCAGGGACUGCGGAAUUCCCUUCUCUCAGUGCAACCACGCCUGCUAUAGGAAAAGGAAUUUAGCGCUGCGGGGCCUGGACAAAAAGAGUGCUGAAUUAGAAAACGACGAAUUGUCUGCUUUUCUUCUUAAACGUUAAAUCAGUACAAAUUUAAAACUCACUAUGUCUAAAAUAAAGACAAGCAAACAAAAAAUGAGUUUAAAACUUUGUACCUUAAUUUUUGAAGAUUAUAAGCAAAAAAUACAUUUGUUAUACCCUAUAGCUUUUUGUCUUUUCUAUUUAGUUCUAAUAACUCGUCCUUGUUCGACAUGGAACUUAGGACAGGUCUCCACGAGCGACGCAAAUAAAACGCAUUUGCGGCGCAUAUCUUUUACCUUGCGUUCUCGCUUCCAUUUGCAUCGUCCCGAUUAACACGUGUGAAAAUCAAAUUCUGUUCUAAACAACAGUCUUCCCAGCAACACUCAAAUAACAACUAACAACAUUUCUUAUUUGCUGUGCGGUAGUAGGCCGCUACCCUUUACUGAAGACCAACCGAGCCUAAAAACAGAAUUGUGAAGAAUGCAUCACAGAAUAUAUCAGGGAAAAUGAGCGGAGUUUCGGAUACGUAUCUACAAGAGACACUCGGAGGCCAGGAAAAAUUGCAUUCAGAAAUACUGGAGUCGUAAUCAUGCAAAACAUCUCACAAUUAAUCAGCGGCUAAAAUAAUAGCGAACAGAAAUCAAUUCUCUUCUAAUGCUACGCAACCGAAGAGAAUUUAAAAGGCUGACACCCAAACACAAAAGACGGCUAUAUCACCAAGGCAAGAAAUGAAUUAUCCCUUUUUCAAGUUUUUUCUUCGUUUGUGAUAAGAUCCUUCACAAGCGCGAAUUUUCUUGUGUCGUACGUGUAAAUCAGAUCUUAACGUUACUACUUUAGCGAAGUACUUGUGAAUGCAAAAUCACAGCCUCGUGGCAACCACCCCCCGGGUAAUGUCUCUCGAAAGUUAUAUUUUACGACGUUAAAAUCAACAGAGACGAACUUUGAAAAACUGUGAGGUUUUCCCGUGACUUGAUUGUUAUCGAUCCGCUUUAAUCUUCUUGGAUUUUGUCCACCUGUACGUCUUCUUUUGUAUAUCUGCUCUAAUAUUAAUAAGCCUUCCUUUAUUGUUGCUUUUAAUUAAGAGCUUGUUUUUGAUUUUGGCUCAAUUUAUUGGCCAGUUUCCACUGCCUGAAUUUGACUAAAUUUUGAGGUACAGCUCUUAUAACAUUACCCAUUGCAUUGGUGGUUGCCAUUGCCCAAUUAAUUAAAUGGGACGCAGUAGUAUAAGAGGAGCCAAAUUAACCCUUUUUAUGGGGGCGGGGCAACGAAACCUUAACCCCGAUGGCGACAGGCGCCUCUGUCAAAGUUAUCCUCCCUGGAUAUUUUACCCGUCAACAGGUAAUUAUUGAUUUAAUGUUAGUGCCAAACGAGGUCAUCAUAGACCACGCUAAUAAGCGUCAACUAGACAAAUUAAAAGAUGUAAAUGUCCCAGCUCUAAAAUGUUCAACUUGAUAUUGAAGGGCCUCCUUGGGGUUAGGGGAAAAGGGAUAUCCUGAAAUAUCGUUCAGGAGACCAACCAGAAAACUGCUGAUAUUUCAGGGAAAGGGGAGCAUCCGGUUUUCCGUUACAAGCAUUCUAAUUCCUUGUUCAUCAGUCUAGAUCAUUAAUUCAAUCGCAUCAAUUCAGUUACUGGAGUACAGGCCGGAUUGUGCAGGUUGUUAGCUAGAAUAUGCCGCGCUAAACUUGAUCUUCCAUUCAAAGCAUCUAUCAGGAAGAACCUUUUCAUUCACAAACACGCGAGAUAAAUUAUAAUGGCUACAUGACACAGAUAACUGAUCAUUACGCAAGUCCUUGUUGAACGAAAACUGGUACAAGAAAAAAAACAAACAAAGAAAGAAUACUUGCUUUUGCUUCGGCUCAUACUUUUAGCAACUUAACUCAACAAAUAAUUGUAGUGUUUUCAAGGUCGAUAAAUUCGGUCAGACCUGGGAACAGAGCAGAUCAAUUACCGAUUUCAUUUUUUUCCCGCGAGGAAUAUUAUCCAAACACUGACCCUGCGAGAAGAAGCUGCUUAUCGUUCGUACGCCAGUUCAUACGGACAAAAAAUAUCCACUGUUCUCAGGCCAAAGAAAAAAUGUCUGAUUUAAAGCCCGUUACCCGAACUAUUUGAGCUUUUGUGCGACUUCUGCUGAUUUUCGGCGGAAUUUUAUGGCAUUCCGGUCUUUAUGCAUGGUAUAUGGUCUAUACUGAUGAAAACUAUAAAUAACCUCAGCUCUAUGUGUUAGCUACCUCACUCUCACGCGAACAAAAAGUGGCAAUGAAAUCGCGGACAGUUCAGAGCACCAAAGGCGCUGAACAAAUAACAUGGAAACGUACUUCUGCUUCAUUAAGAAUGAUUCUUCAUCUUUCACCUACUAUCAUUUCUCCAACCCUAUUAUUUCCUAUUGUGGAAGGGAAUCAAUGAAAACUUAAGUAGAUCCUUAUUCUAGUCUCAAAAAAACUUAUUCACUGAAGAACUGUAGGAAAUUAUUAUUUUUCAAGACAGGAUAACGGGAUAAACUGUUCACUGUCCCCUAUUUUCCCGUAAUAUCGUCGAGAUCGAGCGCUAUGCGUUACGGGUUGCCAUCUUUGAUGACGGUCAAAACUACGUAGGGNNNNAAACAAAGAAAGAAUACUUGCUUUUGCUUCGGCUCAUACUUUUAGCAACUUAACUCAACAAAUAAUUGUAGUGUUUUCAAGGUCGAUAAAUUCGGUCAGACCUGGGAACAGAGCAGAUCAAUUACCGAUUUCAUUUUUUUCCCGCGAGGAAUAUUAUCCAAACACUGACCCUGCGAGAAGAAGCUGCUUAUCGUUCGUACGCCAGUUCAUACGGACAAAAAAUAUCCACUGUUCUCAGGCCAAAGAAAAAAUGUCUGAUUUAAAGCCCGUUACCCGAACUAUUUGAGCUUUUGUGCGACUUCUGCUGAUUUUCGGCGGAAUUUUAUGGCAUUCCGGUCUUUAUGCAUGGUAUAUGGUCUAUACUGAUGAAAACUAUAAAUAACCUCAGCUCUAUGUGUUAGCUACCUCACUCUCACGCGAACAAAAAGUGGCAAUGAAAUCGCGGACAGUUCAGAGCACCAAAGGCGCUGAACAAAUAACAUGGAAACGUACUUCUGCUUCAUUAAGAAUGAUUCUUCAUCUUUCACCUACUAUCAUUUCUCCAACCCUAUUAUUUCCUAUUGUGGAAGGGAAUCAAUGAAAACUUAAGUAGAUCCUUAUUCUAGUCUCAAAAAAACUUAUUCACUGAAGAACUGUAGGAAAUUAUUAUUUUUCAAGACAGGAUAACGGGAUAAACUGUUCACUGUCCCCUAUUUUCCCGUAAUAUCGUCGAGAUCGAGCGCUAUGCGUUACGGGUUGCCAUCUUUGAUGACGGUCAAAACUACGUAGGGGGCGGGGGGCGGUUUUGGAGGAAGCGAGAAAAAUGUUUUCUCGCCCUCCUCCCCCUAGAGCUGCAGGUAUAAUCCCUGACGCCCGCCCCGUCGGUACAUUCGAAAUCAAGGUGGCGGCCAUUAACGGUAAGAGGCGUUAUACCAUGACGAUCUCUUGGAAAAAUAGGGGACUGUGAACUAUCUAAUAAAUGGAUUCUCUCUUGAUUUCGAGUAAAUUUCGAGGGUGGAAGCAGAUUAAAAACAAGGUGAGUGUAUAGUAAUUGCUUUUUUAUGUUCAUUAUGUCUUUAUUUGCUUGUGGAGGUCUUUGUCAAGGUCUCGAUCCAGAGCGUUUCAGUGAUAAAUGUCAAAGAAGAGGAGAGAUUUAAAUGUGUUUUGCCGCCCUAUUUGCCGAUUUGCGAAUAAAGAUUACAUUCGAGAGGAUGCGCAACGACGAUUUUUAACGCAACACAGUGUUGCAAUAUUGUUGCGAUAUUGUCUCGAAUGGUUGCACGGUUGUUCCUACAUUACAACGCUGUGUGGCGCUAAAAAUCGUCGUUGCGUUUCGUCCCGUGCAACAUCACCUAAAUGAAGGUCUGAAGAUCAAAUCCUCCUUCAUUUUUUUCUCUGUGCAUUCAGCAGUAGUGAAGUGCCAGGCAAAAAUACUUCUAAUCGGAGUUAAACCGCCGACUUUAGCUUGCUGGUCUUGGGAGAAAAGAGAGGAAGGUAUGAAUGAAACGUGCUUUGCGUCUAAAAGGACUACGAAACCACAUGCAAAUCAAAGUUUUCUUCACACUCUGAGGCGUUAAUUUGAUGUAAUAUAUCAAGCAAGAGACGCAGUCUUCAUCACCAGAUGAAACACCGAGAAGAGAGUUGAGAAUACUACGCGCAGCGGAGUAUUUUUGACGAACUUCGAGAUGUUUCACGUUGCACAAAAGAAAAUUAAAUGGGCUUGUAGCGGAGUAGACUACGAGUAGUCCCCCAUAUUUCCUCAGGGAUAGUAGAGCGAGAGAAAAUCACCCGACGCGAGAAAGGCGAUACGUGGUGGGGAGAGAGAAAAAUGAGGGACUACAGACAAAGCCCAAGCUUUUGAACUUAUGCGUUGUUCUCACAACGAAAAAGCCUGAUUGGCUCUUCCAUGGAAAUCUGUCAAAAUCUGUCAAAAACGCGCCAGCCGCUAUAAAAAACCUUAUUUAGCCGCAUUGAAGAGCUUUACUUUUGAAGAGAGGUCAAAGAAAAUGCUCUUGCAUCAGAGUGCAAAUCAUGCCGACCAUAAACAAUAACCGCAGAAAGUUAAUAUGCGUGUCACGACCUCUCAGUAUGAAAUAAGCGGCAAAAAUCACAUUUGCUCAAUGGGUCGGCCGUGAAGGGUCAAAAGCUUGGGCUUUGUCAUCCUCGGAGACCCAGGGGCAGUCAGUCGGGCCGGAAGAAAAGGCGCGACAAACUGUGCUUGAAAACUUUUGUCGCGCCUUUUCUCCCGGCCCCACUGACCGCCCCUGGGUCUCCGAGGAUAGGGCUUUGUCUGCAGUCCCUCAUUUUUCUCUCUCCCCGCUUCGUGUCGCCUUUUCUCUCGUGGGGUGAUUUUCACGCGCGCUCGCGUUUCGUUCGCUCCACUAUCCCUGAGGAAAAAUGGGGGACUACUCGUAGUCUAGUAGCGGAGAAUUAAGUUGUAGUUAUUGCUGAUCCUCAGCAAAACAGGUCAAAGAAGCUCACAUCAAAUCUGCCUGCGGAUAAAAAUAACGAAGCUAGGAUAAAAAAGAAGAGAAAAAGCCACGAUCAGGCUAGUGAGGACAGAUCCUUCUCAAAAAGGUGCAAAGAAAGUGGCCAAGUAUCCAGUGAUCUGAAACGAACGAGCGACUGAAACUACAGUGAAAGAAUUUGCAGAUAAAUAUAGCUUAGUAAGAAAAAGGACAGUCCGAGGACAAACUAAAAAGGACAAAGCAGGUGCUUUACCACUUAAAGUCUACAGAAAGCAACAAGAAUUGAAUAAAUUAGACUUGAUGGCGGCAACAGGGUCCAGCGGAGAAACUGAAGAAUCCCUUAUUAAGGAUACAAAUGAAGUUGAGGAUAUCGUGACAGAAGUCACAUUUGUAGACGAUUCUCUAGUUGCAAUGGCAGUUGGGGAAGUACGAGUUUGA